AUGCAGACUUUUACGAAUUUGGGCAAAGGCUGGUGGAGGGCUUUGGGGGCCUCGUGGCCUGCAGUGUACGAACGCUGCGGGCACUUGACUGCAUGCACGGGGCCCUGCGGGGAGUGUUUGGAGGGGCACGAAGGCCCCUUGUGCCAAAUGUGUUCUGAGGGUUUCACGAGGGACUUUUUGUCUCUUAGCAGCGAAUGCAGAAAGUGCCCUGCGGGUUGGCAAAUAGCCCUCAAGGCCAUUGGGCUCUUUCUCGGUUUUAUCAUUGUUGCUUAUCUCGUCAGCAUGGCCCUCGACUUCGAGGCCGAGCAGCGGCUUCACGUCGUCACAGAUCGCAUUCGUUUUACUCCAGCCCUGAAACAGCUUUUGGCUUAUCUCGCUUUCUGGAGCUCCUAUGGGCUGUCUAGCCGGGCUGUGGGGCCCGGGGGCCCCCUUUUAGAAGGCAAAAUAAACAGCAGCAGCAGCAAAGUGGAAAUCUCUCAUGUUCCUUCCGACUGGUAUCUCCGAUACAGAAACUUUUCGAGAAAAGUUGUCUCCUUUUUGGUCUCCGUAAGCAGCAGCAGCAGCAGCAGCAGCAGCAGCAGCAGCAGCUGCUGCUGCAGCAGCAGCAGCGGUGGUAGCAGAGGUGGCAGGGAGGGCAGUAGCGGUGGGGAGUGUUGUGAGCGUUAG